GGAACAUUAAAUAAAGGUGACCGAAAUUAAUACUUUUUAUUCGGAAGUAGAAAACAAACUAAAACGUCCUUACGCACGGAGAGCUAUGGGACGACUGAAACCAUUAAGCAACUUAAUGCGAUUACACCUUCCUAAAUGCGUUUCUAAUUAGGCUUCUAAAUGAUUUAGUCAGAAACCAUCCUUGCUAUUGAAUUUAGUAGGCUAACGCUAACUUACUUAAUGCUAUUACACUUCACUGAAUUCAGUCGACUAAAUUUAGCCAAGUAUAAUAAGCCUUUAGUUAGGCAGCUUUAUAUGUAUUUGGGUGGUCCGUCCCUACAAGGGGAACCGGCGGGCGGUCGAGCCCCGGCUUUUCACGACCGCGGAUACAGAUGACUGCCGACAGCAAUGACUCCUAACUUACGAUACACGAGUUUAUCUAUGAAUCAGCUGGUCGAUUUACUGCGAGACCCUGACGCGUUUACGAUAACUUUGGCUUACGUUAAAAAAGUAGUUUCCAAUAACAUCUACUGUCGCUUAAUGCAUCACAUUAUCUUCAUUUGUUUCUCUUUUUUCGUGUUUUGUAAUUUCUGUCCUUGGACAAUAAACGAUGAGUGUUUCAAAUUUUGUGCGGGUGGUUUUAUUUCAUACCAACUACGAAUAAUAAAACUAUAGAGAAAUAGUAAUUACGCUUCAAAAAUGGUUCCACGUAAAUAGCCGCCGCGGAGGGCGGGGCUUAAAAUAGCUACAGAACGGCGCGCCAGUUCGCUGUCGCACUCAUGUCGUGCGGUUGUGUUGCGUCAGUUUUCGGUUGAUCAGAUAAUUAUUAUUUUGCGCUUUUUAAUUUUGCAAGUAUGCCAUCGUGUGUCGUGAAAUGGUGUAAAAGCCAUACAGAUAUGAAAAACAGUGGAAUUAGCUUUCAUAAAUUUCCGACAAAUCAAAUUCAACGUAAAAAAUGGAUAACCGCAGUACGUUUGGAAAGAAAUGAAACAAAUUGGACGCCUUGCAAAAAUAGCACAAUAUGCAGCAUACACUUUCAAAAAGAGGACAUGUACGCACUUGAAAAUGGAAGUCGUGUGCGAUUAAAAAAAUCUGCGUUGCCCAUUUGCACUAUGGUUACUCCAUUGAAUGUACACUCAAAUGACUUUUUGGGACCUCCAUCUACCACGUGUACAACAAAUUUGCAGAAAGAGUCCUCAGUGCCACGGGAAGAUGUAAAAAAUAAAGCUAAUUUAGGGGAAUUACAUUCACCUAAUUGUAGUAAUAUAGAACAAAGAAAAAGGAAAUUGGAGAAAACAACGGAUAAAGUAAAUAUUUGCAACAAAAUGCAUGAAAAAAUUAAUAAAGAACAUGACCUUGAAGAGCCUGGUUGCAGCUACAUGGAAGAAACAAAGAUUAAAAAGGCAGAAUGUCCGAAUUGUGAACAUAAAUUUUAUAUCGCGAAUGAAAUUUUGGAGAAUAAAGCCAGUCUGUCGGCCUCAGAAAAAUUAAAACCUUCAUGCAGCACUCCGAUAAGUGUACCUUCGCCUGAAAUUGAAUCUGCUUUUAAUACUCCUCAACACCAAAAACUAAAAAAACAACUAGAUUUAAAGAAGAAUCUCGCGAAUAAACGAUUAUUUAAGAUAAAGAUAUUACAGCGGCAAAAUAAAAGGCAAAAAAAAAAGAUUUUAUCGAUGAAAUACUUUAUUGAGAAUUUAAAAAAAAAUGGGUUUGGGCAUUCAAAUUUACAUACAGCGCUCAGUGGGUUCUCUGGAGUAUCGUACGUAUGCUGCAAAAAAGCUAAAUAAACUAAUUAUUUUUAGAGGUACAUAGUUCAUAGUUUAAUUUUGAUUUAAUUUGUAUGCUAGUGAUUACUGAAUAAAUAUUCUAUGUUAUCUCCAAGUCGACUUAAUAUUAUUUUCACUCUGUCCUACCCCUACGCGUAAUUUAAUAACUGCAAAAUUCUAGCCCUGUUCUACCGUGUUAUUUGCACAGUCACAUUAUGCAUUUCACAAUGGUUGUAAGCCAUGAAGUCAGACCAGACCAAAGAUUUUUAGGAAAUGAAAAUACUUUUUUGCUACACUACAUACCUACACACGCUGAAUUUACCAACCUUGUAUGAUAGGUCGAUUUUUUAUUUCCUGAAAAACAAUAAUAGCUGCUCAAAAUUAUGGUCUUAGUUCAUGGUUUAAGUUUUCGGAUAGCUGCCUUUCACCCUGUACACAGUAGUGUUGAUUUUAAGUUUAAUUUUAAUAUUUUCAUCUCAUGUACUAACUUAUAAACUGCAUUUAUUUAAUUGU